UUGGAGUCUCGUUGUUUUUGAAAUUCGGAAAAACCCUAUCGCACUCUUGUUGUGACUCACUUGUCUAUAAAAAAACACUUGCCAACGUUCCAAAUAUUCUACACACUACACACUAUUAAGUAUAAAUCAUUUCUGGUUUCUUCUCCUCCUCAUCAGCGGCUGACCUACCUUCCUCUCUACUCUCCACUCAAAUAUGGAGCUUUGUACGGCUCACUCCAUGCUUAACACUAAUCUUCAUAACCCCCGCCCACUUCUCUUUCAUAACCCUAAUCACCUCCUACAUUCCAAGCCUUCUCUCCGGCCACCCUCGCUUGCUCCCCUCACCGGUGCUCUACUCCCAUCUCGAUUGAUCUUUGUUUCGAAGUCAUUUCCAAGAGAAACAUCAGAAGAAGUAUCUAGUGGAGCCAAUCAGAGUUUUGGCGAAAAGCGUGAUGAUGUGAUUAGUUUGGAAGAUAAACCAUCAGUAGAAAGGAAAGUCGAUGAUGAUGAUGAUGAAAUUGCAUCAAAAGUUCCAGAAGAACAGUUUUCUGAUGGGCCAACGCCAAUUUUUGAGUUCCUGGAUAAUUUUAAUAUUGAAUCUGAAGACACAUCCUCUGUCCUACUUUUCGGUGGCAGUGCCUUGCUGACUCUCUGGUUAGCAUCUGCUGUUGUCGGUGCAAUUGAUUCUAUCCCCGUGUUGCCCAAAUUGUUGGAAAUUAUUGGUCUUGGCUAUACAGUUUGGUUCACUUCACGCUAUCUGAUAUUCAAGAAAAGAAGAGAGGAGUUAGUUGCCAAGAUUGAAGAGCUGAAGGAGGAAGUUCUUGGAUCAAAAUGAUACGUGAUUGAUUAGGGUAAAUGCGUUUUGCUAGAAUAAUUGUAGAGUUCGACUUGAUGUAAUAAUGUAUAUCUAAAUGGGUAAGUUUUCUCUUAGAUUCCUUUGGUAAAGAAAAGUGAAGGAACAGAAAUAAAGAAAGUGUAGAGCGGAAAACGCCACUCAGGAUUCGUUAUCCUGUUUUACGUCUCUUAUUCAAUAUUUAGUGUCGCAUGAUUUUUGUUCUUCAGAUUGAUACAAAUUCUUACUUUUUUUGGGGGUCAUUUUUUACUCCAUAAAUAUUGUUUUUCUUAACACAA